AUGUCAAUCUCUUACCAAACACAAAAAGCUCAAUAUCUGCGCUUCCUCCUUGACGAUGAGCCAGGCCGAAGCGGAAGAGAAGAGGAAAUUCGGACUGCCUCUCUGUUUUCGCUCUCUGUUCAAAACAUUGUUCGGGAACGUCAAGUACCGUCGCCAUGUACUCCUUUUGUCUUUGGAAGUAUCACAAAGACUACGCCGCCAACCCCUGAGAUCCUCCCGCAGUAUGGGCUGCUGGGAUUUCAUGUCGGCAAUCACGAUCAAAUCAAAGAGCAAGAACCAAUUCUGCUCAACGUCAACGCUCCAAAUUCAGCCUUCAUCUGCGGUUCGCAGGGGAGCGGCAAGAGUUACACUCUGAGCUGCAUGCUUGAGAACUGCCUCCUUGCAGACAACAAUUUCGGCGUCCUCCAUCAGCCAGUUGCUGGAGUCGUAUUUCACUACGAUACUGAUAGUACCAUGAGCUCGGUCGCCGAAGCUGCCAGUCUCUGCUCUCGCGGCAUCAAGGUCCGUGUGCUCGUAUCGCCUAGCAAUAAGCGCAAGUUGCAGAAUGCGUACUCGAAACUCCCUGGUGCCGCGGAGAACUUGGAGGUGGUCUCACUGAUGUUGAGCGACAAGCAUCUGAGCGUUGAGAGAAUGCUUCGUCUGAUGGCUUUCUCUGAGUCAGAGGGAACUGUACCGCUGUAUAUGGUGGUCAUCGAGAAGAUACUGCGACACAUGGCAGUUCAAGAGAUCGACUUCACUAUGGCAGCUUUCGAGCGAGAGUUGGCCCUGGAGAAAUUUGCUCCUGGUCAGUCAGCCAUGAUGGACAUGCGACUCAAUCUCCUACGCAGCUUCAUGGUCCCCAAAGCAGCCGGAAGAUACACGCUCACGCCACCCGAUCCGUUCAAGCUCACGCCUGGAGCACUCACCAUCAUCGACCUCAGCGAUCCUUUCAUCGACACAGCGACCGUAUGCGUUCUCUUCGAGAUCUGUCUGGGCCUGAUCAAAGAGAACCGACCCAAAGCUGGACUCGUUAUCGCCCUUGACGAAGCUCACAAAUACUUGAAUGAGUCUCCUGCCGCAGCGAGUUUCACAGAUCGGCUCCUGACGACGAUCCGCGAGCAGAGACACAACGCCACACGAGUGCUGAUCGCCACCCAAGAGCCAACUCUUUCGAGCAAGCUCCUCGAUCUCUGCUCUGUGAGUAUCGUCCACCACUUCAAGUCACCAGCAUGGUUUGCAGCCAUUCGUGGUCACCUCGGUGGAGCGUCAAGUCUUGUCACGCAAGGCAAGGAGCAGGAGAAGAUGUUCGACGACAUUGUCAAUCUGAGAACAGGAGAGUCUCUGGUCUUCGCCCCUGAAGCAUUUGUGUGCGUGAAUGAGGCGAACGAGGCAGAGAGGCUAGGUGCUGGGGUGAUGAAGAUGAAGACGAGGGUCAGAGCUGGAGUGGAUCAGGGAAUGAGUGUGCUUGCGAGUGAUGGUGCCUAG